AUUAAUGUUACUUAAACACGUGGUAGUGUUUGUUUAUUCUUUACAUCUAUUGGUUGUUAUUAUUGUCACCUAGUCAGGUGACAAUAUUGGUAUUCAUAGCACGGGCUAUGAAUGACCGUGAAAGUUAUUGUGUACUAGUAAAGCCAUUCGAAGGCUCUUUUUCGUGCAGUCAAGACACGUUUUGUCAUGGACGACUCUGGCGACGAAAUUUCCUUAUUAGAAAAAGGCGAAACCAACCAAACUCAAAAAGAAGCUGCUGGAAAUCCUCCACUGGAUAUUGCUGAUGUGGUGAAGCUCGUCACGGGCGUUUUGCAGACCCAAUUUCAAAAUUUAUCAGGUCAGCUCAAAGCAGAACAGUCGGAGUCUAUCACUAAAAAAUUAAAAGAAAAUUCUAUUUUGAAAAUUAAAUCUGAAGGGAAUCGUGCACAGUACGAAUUUAAUGCCGAGAUUCUCGAGGGUCUAGAUAAACUAGAAACAAGAGCUUUUGACACUAAAGAUAGCGACUCAGUUACUAUCAUAGGAGAUUUGCGGAAAAAAUUAAAAACGCGCCAGAAACAUAUUCGAAUCGCCGAUUCCUCUCCAGCCGGGUGGAAAACAGUAAAUGAAUACCAGUCAAGAGAAAUUGCGGACAACUCGGAUGACGAGAAGAAAAUUCGAAGUGCGGAAAACCGCGCCCUCCGACAACAAAAACAAGGGCAGAACAGGCGUUUUCACCCAUAUGGCACCUACAAGACUCCCCCAGCGGCGGCGGCAGGCUCGGCAGCCCAGCUUAGUUCUUCUGUGCCUUCUGCUACUUCGUUUCAGCCAUUCACAUACCAGCAACAGCCCUUUCGUGGCAAAUCUGCACGGCGUCAACCACAGCCCAGUGACGUGUGCUUCAACUGUUUUUCCACAGGACACUGGAAAACCAACUGUCCCAAAAACAAGUCACAAAGUCAAUGAUAAGUAUAAAGUUCCGGAUAGACGAAUAGAAGACGCUGUUUGUUGUUUGAAGAAAGUUAUUGGUCGUUUCCCAGAUAUAACAGCGAGAGAACUGGCACAAGUAGUUGGAAAAAUCAUUUCCAUGACACCAGUAAUGGAUAUAUUUAAAGUGGGCAGAUGGAUGGGCAUUAACAACGAAAGUAAAGAUCGCCGUCUUGAGGAACUCGCAUCAGAACUACCUCGAUAUUGUAUAACAUCCAAGGCUGACAACACAGCAAAACAAUACAGGUACGCUUUUAACACCUUUUGCAAAUGGUGUAACAGCUAUAAUCCUGUGAUUACUCCUCUUCCUGCUUCGGAAACCAACGUUGCAUUGUAUAUCAUUCAUUUGGCAAAGCAAUACAAAUCAUCGGGGAAAAUUCAUUCAGCUGCGCAUGCUAUUAGCUGGGCACAUAGCCUAGCAGGCUAUGUAGACCCAUGUGAUUCUAUCCUCGUCAAAAAUAUUAAGGAGGGGGCAAUCAGAGAAACAUCAAAACCUGUGACCAAAAAAGAACCUAUUACGCCAGAACAUUUGAAGGCCCUGGUUUCUACAUUUGGAAAGAAUGACAAUUUGUAUAAUUUGAGAACGUUGUGUAUGUGUUUUUUAGGUUUUGCUGGGUUCCUGAGAUUCUCAGAAAUUGUAAAUAUUCGUUAUUUAGAUAUAUGUUUACAGAAUAAUUGUGUGGAAAUUAACAUUGUUAAAAGCAAGACAGAUGUGUAUAAAACUGGUCAAAAAGUUUGUAUAGCUAGAACAUUCUGUGACACAUGUCCUGUGAAUAUCUUAGAAAAGUUCUUAAGAUUGUCAAAUGCUGACAUGCAUUCUUCUCAAUACCUGUUUAGAUCGGUGUCUUUUUGUAAAAAGUCUAAUUCUUAUAGACUUAGAACGGAUAAUCGUCCGAUUUCAUAUACAAGAGCAAGGGAGAUAAUAUUGGACGCACUAGAAAAGAUUGGUUUAGAGAAGUCAAAAUUUGGUGUACAUAGUUUAAGAUCGGGCGGUGCUACUUCUGCAGCAGCCGCAGGGGUUUGUGAUAGACUGUUUAAAAAGCAUGGGCGGUGGCGGUCGGAUAGGGCAAAAGAUGGCUAUGUGAAAGAAAAUUUAUCUGAAAAACUUAAAGUCACAAAAAAUCUUGGCAUUUAGCGCGUUUUCUUUUCUUCUUUAUCUUCGAAUUAAUUAAAACUGCACUUUCAGAGCGCUUCACAUCCUACUCACGAGUUUGUGUUUAUUUCAUAAAUAUUUUAUGUUCGUUUGAGUGAAACGAAUAAGAACAUAAAUGUAUUUAUUAAUGUUACUUAAACACGUGGUAGUGUUUGUUUAUUCUUUACAUCUAUUGGUUGUUAUUAUUGUCACCUAGUCAGGUGACAAUAUUGGUAUUCAUAGCACGGGCUAUGAAUGACCGUGAAAGUUAUUGUGUACUAGUAAAGCCAUUCGAAGGCUCUUUUUCGUGCAGUCAUUUAAGUCCCACCCAC